GUCCUUCAGCCGUUCAUGCUGCAACAUGUGUUGAGCGUUUCUUCUAGAAGGAGCUCCGUGUUGUCUGUCAGUAGCAGCUCUGUCAGCGGGCUUCAUCCGGUUGCUUUAACCCAGAAACACGCCGUCUGGAGACGCUUCUUCUUCUCCCACCAGCCUUCCAGAGAGUCUGUCUACAGCCUGCUAGCUGAGUUUCAAUCAAUGUUGACUGUCGCCAGAUGCGUUUCAAGGACUUUCCCCGCAAGGACCGGCACCAAACACGUGUCCUCGCUGGUGAACAAGGCAUGUUGGAGUGGUGGCUUCCAACCAGAUGCCCUCAGAGCUCUGUCCAGGAGGGACUAUGCGUCAGAGCCCAUCAAGGGAUCAGUCAUCGGCAUUGACCUGGGAACCACUAACUCAUGUGUUGCCGUCAUGGAGGGCAAACAGGCCAAGGUGUUGGAGAACGCAGAGGGAGCCAGGACAACUCCUUCUGUCAUCGCUUUCACAGCAGACGGGGAGCGUCUGGUGGGCAUGCCCGCUAAGCGCCAGUCCGUCACCAACCCUCAAAACACACUGUAUGCCACCAAGAGACUGAUUGGACGUCGCUAUGACGAUGCUGAGGUCCAGAAAGACAUAAAGAACGUCCCCUUCAAGAUUGUGCGGGCAUCUAACGGUGACGCUUGGCUGGAGGUUCAUGGGAAAAUGUACUCUCCCAGCCAGGCUGGAGCCUUCGUCCUGAUGAAGAUGAAGGAGACUGCCGAGAACUAUCUGGGAACCAAAGUGAAAAAUGCUGUGGUCACUGUACCCGCUUACUUCAACGACUCUCAGAGACAGGCUACCAAAGAUGCUGGUCAGAUUGCUGGUUUGAACGUCCUGCGUGUAAUCAACGAGCCAACAGCCGCUGCUCUGGCCUACGGCCUGGAAAAAACCCAGGACAAAGUUAUUGCUGUGUAUGAUCUGGGUGGAGGUACGUUUGAUAUCUCAGUCCUGGAGAUCCAGAAGGGAGUUUUUGAGGUGAAGUCCACCAACGGCGACACUUUCCUAGGGGGAGAGGACUUCGACCAGCACCUCCUGCAGCACAUUGUCAAGGAGUUCAAGAAAGAUUCUGGUGUGGAUCUGAUGAAAGACAGCAUGGGGCUCCAGCGAGUCCGAGAAGCUGCUGAGAAGGCCAAGUGUGAGCUGUCCUCUGCACUGCAGACUGACAUCAACCUUCCCUACCUGACAAUGGAUGCCUCUGGUCCCAAACAUCUCAACAUGAAGCUGACUCGCUCUCAGUUUGAAGGCAUUGUUGGUGACUUGAUCAGACGCACUGUGGCUCCCUGUCAGAAGGCCAUGCAGGACGCCGAGGUGUCCAAGGGAGACAUAGGCGAGGUGCUGCUGGUUGGAGGCAUGAGCCGUAUGCCAAAGGUUCAACAAACCGUUCAGGACCUGUUCGGCCGCGCUCCCAGCAAGUCCGUCAACCCCGAUGAGGCCGUCGCCAUAGGAGCAGCCAUCCAGGGUGGCGUUUUGGCCGGUGACGUCACUGAUGUGCUGCUGUUGGAUGUGACGCCGUUGUCUCUGGGUAUUGAGACCCUGGGCGGAGUCUUCACCAAGCUCAUCAACAGGAACACCACAAUUCCCACCAAGAAGAGCCAGGUGUUCUCCACUGCAGCUGAUGGACAGACUCAAGUAGAGAUCAAGGUGUGUCAGGGAGAGCGAGAGAUGGCAGCAGACAACAAGGUGCUGGGUCAGUUCACUCUGGUGGGAAUCCCCCCCGCUCCCCGCGGCGUUCCACAGGUUGAGGUCACUUUCGACAUCGACGCCAACGGCAUCGUCCACGUCUCCGCCAAGGACAAGGGAACAGGCCGAGAACAGCAGAUUGUGAUCCAGUCAUCAGGAGGUCUCAGUAAAGAUGACAUCGAGAACAUGGUCAAAAAUGCUGAAAAGUACGCAGAGGAGGACAGGAGGAGAAAGGACCGAGUGGAGGCUGUUAACAUGGCUGAGGGCAUUGUCCAUGACACAGAAUCCAAGAUGGAUGAGUUCAAGGAACAGCUUCCAGCUGAUGAGUGCACCAAGCUGAAGGAGGAGAUCUCAAAGGUCAAGGAUCUUCUGGCCAACAAGGACUCAGAAACAGGAGAGAACAUCAAACAGGCAGCCACCACCCUGCAGCAGGCAUCACUUAAACUCUUCGAAAUGGCCUACAAGAAGAUGGCAGCAGAGCGGGACAGUGGCAGCAGUGGUGGCAGCAGUGGUGGCAGCAGCGGCAGCAGCGGCUCAAGCUCAUCAGAGGGAGAGAAGAAAGAAGGCCAGCAGUAGACCUUUGCACUCGUCACUGGGUGUCCAUGACAUCAGAGGGCUGCCUGGCUCAGCGAAGGACUGGGUGGGGAGGGUGACAGUCUGAGGAUCUGGAUCUUAGUCAUUCUCACCAUAAUAUAUUAUUCUACUGUGUUUUGGCAGUAAAAUUCUUUAGUGAAAAGAUGUGUCAAUUUAUGCUCCAUGUCCUGUGCUAUCCUGUCUGUAAUUUAAAUGUCUCAAAAACAAUGUCAUGUAUGUUUAUUUUUACGAAGCUGUUCAUUUACAUUCUGAGGUAGUAAAGGUUCUUUUUUGUGUCCAAGA